AUGACAACACUUGCACUGGAACACUCAUAUCGCCCACAGGUGGAGGUGUUGGCUCAUCUGGUCACCUCGUUUCCGCCUACCGUGCGACCCCAGUUCUACAACUAUGGCCACAGCAUCAUGCAGUUCCCCUUCGAACCGUUUGUACACGAGCAGCAUCCGACCAAGCUGGAUGUGGUUGCGUCAUUUCCGGAUGUACGUCCGGAGUUUCCCAUCUCUCGCUGGAGGGACGUUGCCUUGAGCUUCGAGCUCAGGUCUGAGGAUGCCUACGACCCAAUGGUCAAAGAUGCUCCAACGCGCUCGGAUACACUCACACAACUCGCGAAGAACGCGCGCAACAUCAUGCUCUCCCAGGGCCGCCUGUACACCUUCGUCGUUGGUAUCUACGGAUCCUUGGCUCGGAUCUUUCGGUUCGACCGCUCAGGUGCGAUAUGUUCGCCCAAGUUCGAGUACAAGCACAGGCCGGAGCUCCUCCACGAGUUCCUCUGGCGUCUCUUCCACCCCAUUCCACCUCAAUCCAGGAUUGUCGGAGCUGACCCGACAACGGAGAUGGGGACGAGCGCUGACCGGAUGCUAGUGCGUGCUCUCGCGAGAGAUCACGAUCCUGGCUGGGCGGCUAUGCCCAAGACGAGGAAGGAGGUACGGCGGAUCGUUGUGACAGACAAGGGGGUUGAAACGACGUAUCUGGCAUGCAAGCUGGUCUUCAUGAACCCGGAGCUGUUCUCGCGCGCGACUUUCGUAUGGGAGGCAUUCAAGCUUGAAGAGGAGGACUGGAACAAGGGAAAGCGAUACAUUGUGAAGGAGACGUGGGGAGAGAUGGGACGCCAACGUGAGCUCGAAUUCUAUGAGGCACUGAGGCAGGUAGCAGAGUGUAAGCCGUUCUUUGGUGUGGCAGCCUAUGUUCACGGCGAAGACCUCGGCCGGCGCGACAAGGAGGAGCAAAGGCGAGAAGCGGAGGCGAACCCCCGGUUGAGAGGUCGUGCGUCUCGGGACAUGAGAACGGGCCAUCAGACCAUCUCCGUUCGGUACAACUUGCCUCAGCAAAUGCGGCCGAACGAGCGGAACCAUACGCGGAUCGUUCUGGAGACGGUCGGCGUCCCCCUCGCAGAGUUCAAGUCUACUAAGCAGCUCGUUAUGGCACUCCGAGAUGCCGUGGAAGGCCAUCGACAGGCGUACGAGGCCGGUGUCCUGCAUGGCGAUAUCAGUGAAGGCAACGUCAUGAUCGCCCCCAGGGAUGCCCCUUUCUCAGGUUAUAUUCAAGAUUUUGACUUGAGCUUCAGCUGGAAGUCGUUCCUGCAGCAACGCAUGGACAAGGUAGAUCUGGCUACAUGGGAUGAGUAUUGUGUUCAACACGGUCAUGAAAUAUGUGAGGGAGAGGGCCCUACCAAUCAGUCCAAGCAACGAGUCGGCACGAUCUUCUUCAUGGCGGUCGACAUCCUGCGGGCAGAGAUCACUCAUGAGGCACGGCAUGAUCUAGAGUCAUUUUAUUGGCUUCUGGUGUUCAUCGUUCUCCGACACACCAAGCACGGGCAUCCUCUCAAGGAGAUGGCAUUCGGACACUUGUUCUGCACCCAGCAGAUGGAUCAAAAUGCCCUGGUCAAGUUCUGCUGGUUGAUGCUGGAUCCUCCCUUGACGGUACCCGGUAACGAACCGCUGACCAGGUUGCUGGAGAUGCUUCGUCUGGCGUGCAUGCGUAAUGUUUGUCGAGCUGGCUCGGAUAUCAUACGCUCGACCCAUCGUGGGGUCCUCAACAUCUUCGACGACGUGCUAGCCCCAGGCAACGUUUGGCCCGAGGAUGAU